AUUACACGCCUCAAUGGUGUACAGGUGCAGGACGAGUCAAGAUUGGCAAAGGGAAAACAGCAGAUGAAUGUAAAGAGAUGUGUAAAGAGGGAUGUCUUGGAGUCGAAUGGUGGGAAAAGUAUAAUAGUUUCUGUUAUAAGUGUACAGAUCCAUCAAAAAAGACAAUGUAUCUCAACACUAAUGAUCUGGCUUAUCCACCUCAUGUGUUUCUCAAGAGUAAUAGCUAACUGAAUCACUAGUCGGAAGCGAAGCUUCAUCGAAAUCGACUUUAUCGCUGCACAUUUUGCGUCUUUUAAGGUUUACGUAUAAUUUAGUAUAGAGUAAAAACCCGCCUAUAAGAACCUGGAUCUUUAGAACCUAUCAGACUGAGAUUCUCCAUUUACACCAGUGGCUGAUCUGGGGGAGGGGCCCGGGGUAAAGAAAGAAAAAAUCACAGAGGGAAGAAAAGCCUUUAUAGACCUAUAUAUAUGAAGCAAACAUCAUUGAUCUGUCAGUAUUCAAUAAAGAAUCCAGAAUUUCCGUAUGGAGAAACUAUGCGAACUAUCGCAUCGACCUGGUUCAGAUGGCUAGCAUUAGAGCGUUUUAGAACCCUGUCGAGGAAUCCUGACUUUAGGUAAAUAUUUCAAUUUCCAUCUGCAAUUGAAAAUAGCAUUUAUAAUAAAACAAACAUUUAAUUAAGUUCCGGGUAGUAUGAAAAAAUGAAAUAAACACCAAUUUGCAAAUAUGCAUUUUAUGUAACAGUUUUUUUGGUGGAGCAGACCCAGUUUUUAUUGCAGAUUUUUAAAAUUCCUCGCCCAACAUUUCGGAAAAGUUAAAUGCCCCGAUAGUUGUUAUAUAAAUACACGCGGAGUAUUUUUUACUUUCACACGGAAGCUAAGAGAUGAAGGGAACCUGUAUCCUCUCAUUUUUCAAAGACAGUUUUCAUAGGCAGUGACUGCCAAUUGCCACUGAUAUGUCACAUUACUCUCACAAAAUAUGCAUAGUUAAAAGCUUAAGCAGUGGUUAAUUCUUAAGGGUAAAACAUUUAUUAAAGUCCUUUAAAAAUACUUACAAAGUGCAGAAUAUUUUCAUUACAGAACCUGAUGACGAUACGUCUAUUACAGAACAUUUGAAAUCAGUGUUUCAUCUUCAAUUGCCGCCCAGUUAUCAAGUUUUGUAAAGCUGUUAAAAUCAGCUGCCUCGGAUGUGCCUUGAUCAGAUAUAAGGAAGACUUACUUCUAGCCGUAGAAAAAAAAGGGAGGGGACAGAAUUUAGAUUCACUGGUAUGCUUUCACAGUUCGUAGAAAUUUUGAGAUAGGUACGAUUGACUUAAGGGUUAAUUGUAAACUUGAACAGACUGUUAAGAUUAACUUUCAUAGUGAACUGAACCUGAUAAUUUUAUUAACAGAGUCCAUCAGUCAUUUUAAGGGGAUUGAAUUUCGAAGAUUUUAGAGUAUUAUCUUUCAAUUUCUUUUCCAUAAAUUAAUUUCGACAACACUGUAAUACAUGAUUUUAACCCAGGAGUAACAGUAUGAUGUUUAGUGUGAUCGUUCAGGCGGAUAUAGUUCUGAAAAGAACUGUUGUUCAGAGGUCACUGACGUUUCAAAAACCUGGUAAUCAUGGGCAAAUGUUAUCCUCAGAUUCAAGAGCCUAGACAAGCACACUGCGCAAACUAAUAUAUCAUUUCUGUAUCUUUCUUUCGUAUUUCACAAAGACAAUUGGUAUACAAAAAACAAGGCUGUUUGAGUAUUGCUAAUUGGUCGCUAAAUAAUAACUAACACCUGCUUUAUUGGCCAACAUCAUCGCCUAUCUCUUUGUUUCCAAGAUUCAAACAUGUAUAUCCAGUUUCUGACAACGAUGAGACGAUUUUCUCGAGGAGUUUCAGUCUGAUUUGCUUUCUUCCCCUAAAUUAUUGGCAAUGAAAGGCAUCAUCUGGUUGUUUAUAAUUAUGUUGUUCUUGCAGUUAUUCGGGGGCGUUCGUCCUGAAGAUGUAAGUUUCUAUUUUUCCGUUUAUGAAAAUCGUGCACUGUACACAAGAAGCACCGUUGUUCAGAAUACAUUUGCAAAAGACCUAAUGUUAUGCGCUCGAGCUUGUGGCGCUGAAUCAAACUGUAACGCGGUAAACUACAAUUCUGAAAAUAACGAGUGUGAGCUUUUCAAAGAACAUUUGGAAGAUGUUUUGCAUGGAGCGGCCGUGAUAACCGCAAGAGGAUAUUAUUUGCUUACAAAGGUAGAAAUGGCCCGCCACGUAUUGCAAGAGAUAAACUCUCCUACAGUUCCUUUCUUAGCUCCAACUCCUGGAGUGGAAUGGCUUCACUACACAUCUCAGUGGUGUACAGUUGCAGGACGAGUCAAGCUUGGUAACGGAAUAACUGCUGAGCAAUGUAAAGAGAUGUGUAAAGAGGGAUGCCCUGGAGUCGAAUGGUGGCAGGCGUUCCCUAUGUCAUGUUACAAAUGUACAGAUCCAGCCAGGAAGGAGCCAUAUGCAGACUCGAAUGAUCCUUUUUAUCCACCUCAUGUGUUUCUUAAAAGUAGCAGUUAAAUGAAUACCUCAGUUUAAGCGUGGCUUUCAUUAGCAAGACCCAAGCUACACACGUACAGGGUUGAUAUGUCAAAAAGAAAAACUCUGACAGACUCUGAAUUAUGUCGUUGUGUGUUGGCAAUUCUAAUUUCUUAAUCUUAUAAAUGCCCUACACAUCACAAUUCAGGGAGUAAUCCCCUAAUUCAGAGCUAUUCUAACUCUCCAGCCAUAGUUUAAAUGAUCCCUACCAGGUAACUCCAAAAGCGAGUUAUAUUACAUUAACUCCCUGUAGAAAGUUGAAAUAACCCCUUCUUGAAAUUUAACUUCCAGUAAGAGUUAUUUUAACUCUUAUUUAGAGUUAAAAUAACUCCACAAAAAAUAAGCAGAGUUAGAUUGACUCCACGACUAGUAAAUAACUCCAAUGUUGAGUUAAACUAACUCUCUUUUGGAGUUAUUCUAGCUCCUCCAAAUAACUCUACCUUAGGGAAAAAAUACUCUUCUAUUUAAAAUGGUCAAAUGCGUUUAGCUAAAUAGCCACUUUAAAGACAUACCACGAAAUAGCAACAAAAAUCUAUAUAAAGUAUAUUUACAAUUAAAACUAAAAAUGGUCACGUAAUAACAUAAGUAAAAAGUGAGAUUUAAAAAAUCCAACUUUGAGAUCAAGUUCUUAAAUGUUGCGAUUUUAUCGGAGCUUUUUUUUACCGCAAUGAUGCCACGACUCUGAACAAUAAUUAAAAUGUGGCGCAAUGAAGGCACGGUAUAUAGCUAUUCUCAUUUCAAAAGGCAACAUUUUCUUCAAACGACUGAGAACAGCCACCUGUUGACUAACUUUGCUACAGAUUUUACGAAUCUGGCUCUCAAACAUAAACUUACUGUCGAGAGUGACACCAAGGAGUUCUAAUUCGUCUUGAACAGGGAUAACAAUGCCUGCACAAGUCAACCAGGAUUUCUCUCUGUCCUUCCAAAUGUAAUUGCUUGAUAUUUUAACUGAUUUCUUUUCCGCAUUUGAUUGAUAUAGGGAGUAACUUUAACUCUACUUUAGGAGUUAAUUCCACUCCUUGAAAAUUAGUGUGUAUGUCGGAGCAUUUUGUGUGUGAGCGAAGGUGAUUAUAUUUCAAAAUAAUUCUGGUAAUGUUAGGACUAAAAAUGAAGCAAACUUGCCGUGAUAGUCAAUUUCUUUCAGAUUUCAUCGCUUGAACGUUUGUGUUAUAUCGAAGUCCUUGACGUAUAUUUUUGUUUUGCCGCAACAAAAAACUCGUGGAAAUCAAUAACUUAGCUUAGAAGGCCGAAUUAUCGCUUUACCAGUUAAUUCAUUAAGUUACAAGCCUACAACUGAGUUCAUAACGUUCUAUUCUCCUGUAGUUUCCCAUUUAGGUUUUCUUUUAGCAGGAGUGACAUACUCUUGGUUUGGAUCAGGUCCCAGACCUCUCAACGUAAUACUGCUAUUGCGUUUACAACUGACGGAAAGCCAUUACACGAGAAUUACACGAGAUCGUAUCUCAAUUACUUUCAUCUCCACUUGUGAAACUAAAUAUAAGAAAAAGGAUUUUGACCAAAAGCAACGUGAUAAAAAGUGCACAACAAAAACAGGAAGAUCCUCUUGUUCAUGCGAUUGAAACAAGGUUGAAAAAGUCAGGAACGUAAACUAUUAAAUUGUAGUUUGGGCAAAAUUGCAAGCAGACCUAAGGA